UUUUUCAGAGACUACCGCGGUGUCGAUGACACAGAGAACGAGCUUCUUAUGGUGUUCUCAGCUCGGUUCCAACAUUCCCCAAAAAAGGUCCAUUUAAUAUCCUGCCCACGGGUUAUUCGUGCCAACAAUCUUGACCCAGAUGCUCAGAAUUUACUCCAAGUCAAGCUCGACGCUGUGGUGGAACGUAUACCCGAUUCAGAAUGGAACAAACUCGAGAAGCGUUAUAAGAUUGCUCGGAAGAAGUGGCUUGUUAUCUCUAGUAUGUCGGAGGGCGUUUAGGAUUUUAUAAAAACCAGCUUAAUCAAUUCACUUGGACGCGAUCCUCU